AUGUACGGUUCAUUGGUAACCGUGUGGACCGGCCGACGGCCAACAAUUGUCAUUGGAGACCCAAAGGUUGCCUGCGACCUCCUGGACCGGCGGUCGGCAAUAUAUUCCUCGAGGCCUCGCUUCGUUGUGAUGGGCGAGCUAUUUACCAAUAACGACUCGCUGCUUACGAUGCCCCACGGCGACAAGUGGCGGAAAACACGCAAGAUAUUCCACAGCGGCCUCUUGCGGAGAGCUUGCGAAUCGUACAAGCCGAUCCAGGAGGCCGAGUCGCAGCGGCUCCUGCGCGAUCUCCUCCAGAUGCCGCAGGACUUUGGAAGACAUCUGGAGCGGUAUGCGGCUUCGGUCAUGGUGUGCGUCGCUUAUGGUCGCCGUGUCGAUGACUUGGACGAUUCCAUCGUCCAGCGCAUAUACGAACGUAUGCAGUACAUGUCGACGCUGAACGUACCCGGUGCCUUUUGGGCUGAAUCGUUUCCCCUGCUGAAGCUGGUUCCCGAUUUUCUGGCCCCAUGGAAGCGCGAGAUCAAGCAGCGAGCCGCAGCGUCAUCCAGACUUCUCCUGGGCCUCGCACAAGACGUGCGGCGACGCAUGAACGAGGGCGACGCGCCCCCAUCCUUCACCAAGAACCUCUGGGAGAAGUUUGACCAGAACCCCGGCGAGCUCACGGAGCGCGAGAUUGCGUAUGCCACCGGAUCCCUUUUCGGCGCUGGCAGCGAUACGUCGUCGUCCACACUCAUGAGCUUUGUGCUCGCGAUGACGUGCUUCCCGGAAGUGGCGGCAAAAGCACAGGAAGAGCUCGACCGCGUCGUGGGCAGAGAUCGAUCGCCUACUUGGAGCGACGAACCGAAUCUACCGUACUGUGCUGCCAUCAUCAAGGAGACCCUGCGGUGGCGACCGGUAGCCGUCAUGGGCGGGACACCCCAUGCCAGCAUCAAGGACGAUUACUACGACGGCCACUUCAUUCCCGCCGGCACCACCAUCCUUGGGAACCUCUGGGCGAUCCAUCACAACAGCAAGUACUUUAAGGACUCGCACGAGUUUGUGCCCGAGCGAUACCUCGAGGUGCAAGAAGGCACCGAGCCAUACCCGCACCGUGAUGGUCACUCCGCAUUUGGAUGGGGCCGGCGCAUCUGCCCGGGCAAGCUGCUCGCCGAGAACAGUCUGUUCAUCUCGAUUACGCGCAUACUGUGGGCGUUCAACAUUUCAAAGCAUGUGGACCCUGUGUCGGGCGCAGAGGAGGUGUACAACACAUUUGCCUACACGGACGGCUUCAACUCGAAGCCGCAACCAUUCCGCUGCGGCAUUGCCGUGAGAUCCGAUCAGAUCCGCGAGACGCUCGAACGAGAGGCAAAACUGGGCGACAGGUUUCUCGAGAGAUACAAUUAG